CUUGCCCAAAGUCACACAGCUGACAAGUGGCUGAGCCGGGACCACUAGGGGACCACCCUCUCCUGAGGCCUCAGGAGUCAGAGAGCGGGGUGAGGCAGGGAUCCUGCUGAGAAGGUCCCGCCUGAGGGACCCAGAAGCCAGAGAGUGAUCGGCAGGAACCCCCGGGGGGAUGAACUCUACCGGACAUUCCCAGCACUACCCUGAGAAUGGUCUACAGGCCUGGGCACUUCUUGGGGCUCAGAGCCCCGCGACCGGGCAUCGGCCCCAGUCAGGAGGUCUCGGGGGCUUAGGGGUCACCGGUACGCCAGCCAGAAUGCCACCCAGGCCCUGUUCGUGGUGCUGCUCCUCGGCUGGCUCUUCGUGCCUGUCUACCUGACAGCCGGCGUCAUCACGAUGCCCCAGUACCUGCGGAAGCGCUUUGGGGGCAAGAGGAUCCGUCUCUACCUCUCCAUCCUCUCUCUCUUCCUCUACAUCUUCACCAAGAUCUCCGUGGACAUGUUCUCAGGAGCUGUGUUCAUCCAGCAGGCUCUGGGAUGGAACAUCUAUGCCUCCGUCAUCGCCCUGCUCAUCAUCACCAUGAUCUACACCGUGACAGGAGAAGAUGGGGAGAGGAAACAAAAAAGACGAGACUGGAAAGCGAUGGGACUUACAGCGUGGCUCAGCGGAAGGAGCCCGGGCUUGGGAGUCAGAGGGGGUCUGGCUGCCCUGAUGUACACCGACACCGUCCAGACUUUCGUCAUCCUAGCGGGGGCCUUCGUCCUCAUGGGCUACGCCUUCCACGAGGUGGGAGGUUACGCAGGCCUCUUUUCUAAGUACAUGCUGGCGGUGACCUCGCUGACCUCCUCCGAGGACCCCGCCGUGGGGAACGUCUCCCGGGCGUGCUACCUGCCGCGCCCCGACGCCUACCACCUGCUUCGCCACCCGCUGUCCGGGGACCUGCCUUGGCCGGCCCUGCUCUUCGGGCUCACCGUGGUCUCGGGCUGGUACUGGUGCAGCGACCAGGUCAUCGUGCAGCGCUGCCUGGCCGGGAAGAACGUGACGCACAUCAAGGCCGGCUGCAUCCUCUGCGGCUACCUGAAGUUGCUCCCCAUGUUUCUCAUGGUCAUGCCGGGAAUGAUCAGCCGCGUCCUCUACCCGGAUGAAGUGGCCUGCGUGGUCCCCGAGGUGUGCGAGCGCGUGUGCGGGACGGAGGUCGGGUGCUCCAACAUCGCCUAUCCUCGCCUAGUGGUGAAGCUCAUGCCCAACGGUCUCCGGGGGCUCAUGCUGGCCGUCAUGUUGGCUGCCCUCAUGAGCUCGUUGGCCUCCAUCUUCAACAGCAGCAGCACCCUCUUCACCAUGGAUAUCUACACUCGGCUGCGGCCCGGGGCCGGGGAUCGGGAGCUGUUGCUGGUGGGCAGGGUGUGGGUGCUCUUCAUCGUCGGGGUCUCCGUUGCCUGGCUCCCCGUGGUCCAGGCCGCCCAGGGAGGGCAGCUCUUCGACUACAUCCAGGCCAUCUCCAGCUACCUGGCGCCCCCGGUCUCGGCUGUGUUCGUCCUGGCCCUCUUUGUGCCCCGAGUGAACGAGCCCGGAGCGUUCUGGGGGCUGAUGGGGGGGCUGCUGCUGGGCCUGGCCCGACUCAUCCCCGAGUUCUCCUUCGGCUCGGGCAGCUGCGUGCGGCCCUCCUCCUGCCCCGGGCUCAUCUGUGGCGUUCACUACCUGUACUUCGCCAUCCUGCUGUUCGGCUGCUCCUGCACCCUCAUCCUCACCGUCUCGCUGUGCACUGAGCCCAUCCCCCGCAAGCACCUCCACCGCCUCGUGUUCAGCCUUCGGCACAGCCAAGAGGAACGGGAGGAUCUGGACCCCGACGAGCAAGAGGCCGGGACCCCCAACGUCCCCGUGCAGAACGGCCGGCCGGAGCACUCCCUGGAGAUGGCGGAGCCCCCGGCCCCGCCUCCCGGGCCGGCCCGUCGCUGCCUGCUUUGGUUCUGCGGGCUGGGGGGAGCCGAGACAGGGGGGCCCCCGCCUCCUUCGCCUGAGGAGGUGGCGGCCGCGACGGCGAAACUGGAGGACAUCAGCGAGGAGCCGCGAUGGGCCCGCCUGGUGAACCUCAAUGCUGUGAUCAUGAUGGCAGUGGCCAUCUUCCUGUGGGGCUUCUACGCCUGACAGGGAGGCGUGAUACAACUGGGGAGCCCUGGAAACCGCCCCACGGCCGGCCUGCAGAAGCGGGGCACGGCGGGAGGCGGCCACGGCCACCCGGGAGGGCCCAGCAUCCCGCGACGGAGGGACGAGCUCAGAAUCAGACCCUGCCUUUCGUCUGCCUCCGCCUCCUCCUGAGCUCUUUAUCUCUUUCACCGUCAAGGUCGCCUCCAACAGAGAUUUAUUGAACACCGGCCGUGGACUCAGCCCGUACGGGCUGCUUCAACUUCGGGGUUUGUAAAUGGUGGCUCUCUGUGGGUUGGCGAGAACGGCCCAAAAUAAAACUUGCCAGUGAGGGAGAGAC